AUGCCAGUCCCGCACCUCCGCCGCACUUCCUUGACCAGUGGGUUUCUUUUCCUCUCGCAACUCACCACACUACAAACCAUGUCGGACACUCACGCAACUCUAGGCCGCUCAUCCGUGGAUGAUUCCCCCGGUAGCGGGGAAGACGAGAUCGUCGAGCCCGAGCAGGGAAAUGUGCUCUUGCAUAUCAUUUCGCAGCUCCGACCGGGCGCCGACUUGAGUCGGGUCGUCUUGCCUACCUUCAUCCUAGAGCCUAGGUCCAUGCUCGAGCGGAUUACCAACUUCAUGGCGCACCCCGAAACCCUUCUUCCCAUGCCUACGAUCGAUGACCCUGUGGAGCGAUUUGUCUCGGUGAUCAAGUUCUAUUUGAGUGGAUGGCACAUCAAGCCCCCAGGCGUCAAGAAGCCCUUGAACCCCAUCCUUGGAGAGACUUUUACUUGCUACUGGGACUAUCCCGAUGGAACGCGCGGAUACUACGUCUCGGAGCAGACUUCCCACCAUCCCCCCAAGUCCAGCUACUUCUUCAUGGCUCCCGAGCACCACAUUCGGAUCGAUGGCACGUUGAAGCCCCGCAGCAAGUUCUUGGGCAACUCCGCAGCGAGUAUGAUGGAGGGUAUUGCAAUUCUGCGAUUGUUGAACCGUGGCCAGGAUAAGGAGAAGGGUGAACGAUACAUCGUGACGCAGCCUAACAUGUACGCGCGCGGCAUCCUGUUCGGAAAGAUGAAGUAUGAGCUUGGCGACCACAGUUACGUGCGGUGCCCGGAGAACAACCUCGUGGCCGAUAUCGAGUUCAAGACCAAGGGUUAUUUCUCGGGUACCUAUAAUGCAAUUGGGGGCACGAUCAAGAACGAGAAGACUGGUGAAGUUCUAUAUGAACUGUCGGGCUUGUGGAAUGGCGAGAUGCACAUCAAAGAUGUCCAUACUCACCGGAAGGAGGUUUUAUUCGAUGCCACACACGCAAGGCACUCGAAGCCCCUCGCACGCCCAAUCAGCGAGCAAGCAGAGCGGGAAUCGCAACGGUUAUGGGAACCCACGGUGAAGGCGAUUCUGGCGCAAAACCACACAGCCGCAACGGAUGAAAAGACCAAAAUUGAAGAUCGCCAACGAGACGAGGCUGCCAAGCGCAUCGACGAAGGUGUUGAGUGGCAACCUCGGUUGUUCCGGGCUGUACACGGCGGCCCUGGUGGUCAGGAUGAAGGCGAGGAAGAUUUGGAUUGGAUCAUCAAUGCCGAGGUUGAUUCGCAUGACCCCCAGACCGCAACCAAGCAAAUCCUAGCCAUCGCGCCCAUCCUCGAUUGUCAGAAAGAUUGCAGCCAAUUCCAGAUCCCGCCGCAUGCUUCCAAGUCGUCCAACUCUGCGACACCGGCGCUCCCCGAGCAGGACACGACAGCUAAUACCGCGGGCGCAGCCUCAUUUACAGGAGAAAACACAGCCGCACCAGUCGUGGAACGGAAGGAUACGGAAACCCAAGAAGAGGAGGAAUUCGUGGACGCAGAGGAAAAACAGUGA